CAAAAAGUUGUCACAAAUGCGUCUACAAUAAAAACAAAUAUUUUUUACCAAAAAUUGAAAAUGAAAUGGAAUUAAAGUUAAAUGCCAAAAUAUAACUUCACAACUGUUUGGGGAUUAUCAAAAGCAUGGGUAACAUAAUUGGAAUCCUAAUUGCUUUGGUUUAUAUAGCGUGUAACCAAGAAAUAUUUAAAAAGUCUCCAAGCGAUCCUCCUGGUCCAUUGGUAUCGACAUAUUUAUUUCUGUUGGCGUUGUUUAUACUUUUGUGCGAACUGCAGGUAUAUCCAGCAUCUCUCAGAAAACUGGGCACUAUUCCCCAAGUCGUUCUUGAGGUAAACAAGGUAUUUCUUGCAACAUUCAUUGCCGAAAUAAUAAUAGUGGACUUUUGGUUUCCAUUGGAAUCUAUCGCAAUGGAUAACCUGAUACAUAUAGCAGACUUAUUUGAAGAAUUACUUUCCAGUGGAAAAUGGAACUGCGAUGUAGUUUGUGAUAUGCUUAGAAGCCACUCAGCUAGAUAUUCUGUGAGCUAUGCUAUAAGUACCUUUUUUCUUUUUACCGUACUUCAUGCUACCAGAUUUAUUGAUAUAAGGACUUUAGAUGGUGGUAUAAGUUGUUUCUUCGGAGACAUCCUAGGCAGGUCAAAACGAAGAAUUAAAAAACAAUUCAAAAAUAUCAGCAACAGGAACAUAAAAGAUAUUGACAGAAAAUCAACAAGAGAUAUAUCUGAGAUCAAUGACAAAACAAUAACUCAAGAACUUAAAAAAGUGUCCUGUCCCUGCGAUAAUGGUGCAAAACAUCAAUCUGUCAAAAAAUCAAGUCCAAGAAAGCUCAGAAGAUCGAAACGUUUAAGACGACUGAACGAUUUUGCUGAAGAUAGCCAAGAUAGCGAUGAGAUCAAAUUUGAUACGCUUAUGUCCGAUUAUGAUUUGUUUAAAAAAUAUAAUUUUGAACCAAUAAAUAUAUAGCAAAGUUA